AUGAUUGAAUACGCCAUUGACGUUGGCUAUCAUGACGUUGAGGUUAUCCCUAUGUCUGUGAAGAACGCCAUGGUUAUCUACGCUUGGUUUGUUGAAGUCAUCAACUUUAUUAUUUAUGUGAUUAUGAUCCAAGUCAUCUUAAAGUACUCGACAAGGGAGAUUGGUGCCUAUAAAUGGUAAGAUUACAAAGAGUAUCCCUAUUUUCCUGUUAAGCAACCUCAUUCGCAUCUUUGUAGGUAUAUCAUUGGAAGCCAGACUUUCUGUGUGCUUACCUUCAUGGUGAAGGCUUUCAUUGAAGACGAGCCGUUGUUUCCUUAUGAUGUCACAGUUCUUGGUGGCCUAGCCGGUUUAUUUCCUGUAAGAAUGUAGCCGGCAACCCGAAUCGUUUAUUUUAGAAUAAUAAUUUCGUCGUUCGCUUAUUCUACGCACUGUUCCAUGUGUUUUUUGUUUCACACUUCUCAUGUGUAACACUGAUGUUUAUUUUUCGAUAUGCACAAACAACCGGAAAACAAAAGAUGGUGCAAUUUAUGUCCAAUCGGAAAUUUUUAUUCUGUGGUUGUAUACCAUGCAUGGUCUUUCUCAUGGCAUUUACAUAUAUCGACGCGCUCUUUAGCAUUCCAAACAUCGAGAUGUACAUUGAUAAGUUCGGAAAUUCAAAUCCAAAAAUAGCAGAAUACAUAAAGGGGAAGCCACUUCUCGUGGAAGUAGUAGGUUAACUUUUAUUAAUACGUAUAUGUUACUGUGUUUUGAAACUCUAAAAAAAUUACAAAUUAAUGGUUUGCAGACUACCUGGUACAAUAAUUACGAACGAUAUGGCCCCACAUUGAUUGGCUUGUUGAUCUGCGCUUAUUCAACCUACGGAUGCUACAACUUCCAAAACAAACGGAGUCAGAGUCUCAGUGAUCGGACGAAAACUCUCUACCGUACCCUCAUAAAUGCUCUUUUGAUUGAAAUGGCCGUAAUCGCAGUAGCUGUGGUUACCCCCGUAUUUAUUUGUCAGGUGUUCAUUGGAGUCACUUAUCGUCCAAUUGGAACAGCGCUAAUGUGGCGCUGGCUCUACCUUUACCCAACAUUUAGCAUGAUUUUCACCAUGUCUUAUAUUGGAUGUUACCGACGAGGAUUUAGAAGGCUGAUCUUGAAAAAGAUUUUUGGGAUGGAGGAAAAGAAUGGAGUUGUGGUUGUGGGAAAGACAUCGUCAUUUGUCCCAUCGACGCAAUCAGCCCCGACAUAA